AUGUCAAGGUAUAUCUUUCGCCGUUCAAGCCACUGUACGGCCCUAAACAUUCAAGCAUAUCUCCCUGAAAGCAAGAAUGCAUUUGUUUUCGUCGAGUUGCUGGAGAACGAGUACCGUCUGUGA